GUGACUUCUGACAGCAAAUGUCAAUUUAUUUCAACUGAAUGGUGUUUUGCAAAGUUUAAAAUUACGAAAAAAGUAAUUUAAUACAAAAAGAAUUCAGCUGUACCUUUUGUUCGUAUAUUUUUUGCUGUAGAAGUAUAUUUGCAGAUUCAUAUAAUAAUCAACAACAAUGGGGCGAAAAGUGACGGUGGCGGUGACGACGCUGAACCAAUGGGCGCUCGACUUCGAAGGAAAUAUGAACAGGAUCCUGCAAUCCAUACAGGAGGCCAAAGAAAUGGGAGCGCUGUACCGCACUGGACCAGAAUUGGAAGUAUGUGGAUACAGCUGUGAAGACCACUUCUACGAACCAGAUACAUACCUUCACAGUUGGCAAGUUCUAGCCGAGCUGCUCAAAUCACCGACCUGCAAAGACAUGUUGAUAGACGUUGGUAUGCCCGUCCAACACAGAAACGUUCUAUACAACUGUAGGGUAGCGUUCCUGAACAAAAAGAUACUGCUUAUUAGACCAAAGAUGUUGUUGUGCGAAGAUGGGAAUUAUAGGGAAACUCGCUGGUUUUCACCUUGGACCAAAGAACGACAGACUGAAGAAUACUAUUUACCUAGGAUGAUAUCGGCGAUAACGAACCAGUCGACUGUGCCUAUUGGAGACGCAGUCAUUGCUACUAAAGACACGUGCAUAGGUUUCGAAAUAUGUGAAGAGUUAUGGAAUCCACAGAGUCGCCACAUCCCUCUAAGUUUAGACGGAGUAGAAAUUAUAGCGAAUGGCUCAGGAAGUUACAUGGAACUCCGCAAGGCUUACGUCACAGUGGACUUGGUCAAGAGUGCGACGUUCAAAAGUGGGGGCGCGUAUUUGUUCAGCAAUUUGCGAGGUUGCGACGGACAGAGGAUCUAUUUCAAUGGCUGUUCCUGUGUGGCUGUUAAUGGGGAGAUCGUUAGUAGGGGACUGCAGUUUGCCCUACAUGAUGUGGAAGUAGUAACAGCGACGAUCGAUCUCGAAGACAUUCGUUCCUACCGUACACAGAUUCGCUCUAGAUCUCACUUGGCGGCCUCGAACCCGCCUUUCCCUCGCAUCACAGUAGACUUCGCGCUUUCAGAUGACGAUGACGUAUAUCUCACGACUAGUCCGCCUAUACAGUGGCAGUAUUUAACGCCGGAGGAAGAGAUUGAACUGGGUCCCGCUUGUUGGUUAUGGGAUUACCUGCGAAGGUCCGGCCAGGGAGGAUUCUUCCUACCUUUGAGCGGCGGCGUAGACUCAACCAGUACCGCUUGCAUUGUGUUCUCUAUGUGCACGCAGAUAUGCGACGCUAUACAGAAAGGAGAAAGUCAAGUAUUAUACGAUGUUCGCAAAAUACUAUGUCAGUCAGACUACACUCCCUCCGACCCUAUGGAACUGUGUAACAGAUUGCUGGUAACAUGUUACAUGGCCUCAGAGAAUUCCAGCCAGGAGACUAAACAAAGGGCGUCACAGCUCGCCAGUGAAAUCGGUAGUUAUCACUUUCCCAUUGUGAUUGAUGCAGCAGUGAGCGCUGUCAUCGGUAUUUUCACAGCGGCCACUGGCUUCGUACCCAAAUUCAGAACUAACGGUGGUUGUCCACGACAAAAUCUUGCUUUGCAAAAUAUACAGGCUCGUCUCCGCAUGGUGCUAUCGUACUUAUUCGCACAACUAAUGCUCUGGGUGCGAGGCCGGCCGGGCGGUCUUCUAGUACUUGGUUCUUCUAACGUUGACGAAGCAUUACGCGGAUAUAUGACGAAAUACGACUGCUCUAGCGCCGAUGUUAACCCCAUUGGCGGUAUAUCGAAGACUGAUCUGAAAUCGUUCCUGCAGUAUGCUAAGAAUAGGUUCUUUUUACCAUCCCUCUCAGAGAUCCUACAAGCACCGCCCACAGCUGAGCUCGAGCCUCUCACCGACGGUCAGAUCACACAGACAGACGAACAAGACAUGGGCAUGACCUACGCCGAACUAUCGGAGUUCGGCCGACUCAGGAAAACUCAGCACUGUGGACCUUUCAGCAUGUUCCACAAACUGGUACAUACUUGGAGCGAUAAGUGUACGCCGCAAGAGGUGGCCGAGAAAGUAAAGCACUUCUUCCGUUGCUACGCUAUCAACCGUCACAAGAUGACCGUCCUAACUCCUUCGUACCACGCCGAGACAUACAGUCCCGACGACAAUCGCUUUGACCAUAGACCGUUCUUGUACAGGGUGCAUUGGAACUGGCAGUUCAAAGCUAUCGAUGACGCUGUGGCGCAAAUGUCCAAAGACAAGCGUGGAUCGAACGAUCGUCCUCAAGAAGCCAAAUUGAGCAGUGCAUCGACUUCCAACGUGAACUCACACUUCAUGCGAGGCGAUAGGAAAGGUGUUCUUAUAUAGUCAUUUUAAUUGAUUCAUUAUUACGGCACCCUAAUUACGUAUUACAAAAUUCUUCUCACUCAAAUUUUGACAGUUCACUGACGUAAUAAACGUCAGUAUAAGAAAUAACAAAAUUGAAAUCUGUUCCUAGAAGAAUGGCAAUUGUUUUGGCCUAAUUUACGGAAUCGGGGUGUUCCUAUGCAGUUGGAACUAUAUUAUGAUGUAUGCUGACGUUGCCUUGGUAUUUAUUGUAGGUAGCUUAGCUCAAAUAUAUAGUUAAGUAGAUCGAACUUUCCUUUGAAGGAAUAGUUGUAAACUCUUAUGCCAUUAGACAUAUAGCUAAGAUGCUGGUUAUGCUUCAAAUGUCUACCUAAUAUUAUAAUAAAUAUGUAUGUAUUAUUGUAAACAAAAAAGCCGCAGCUAAAUUUUUAACAUCACUGUGUCGGUCGCUUCAAAAUAGUUUCUUAACCGUAGUUAUAAUGCUGAAUUAAUCAGAAAGUGCAUAUUUGAAAAUCUGUGCGUUGCUUUACAAAAAAGACAAUAACUAGCUUUAAAAUAAUAUACGUUUUAUUUGCUAUGAAAAAUGAUGACCAAAUUAUCUGCCUUAUUCUAUUUUCAUACUGAGAAUACAUAUCUUUGAGAUAAAUCCGUUUUUCUUUGAUAAUUGAAUAAAAUAUGUGCCUUAUUUACUGAAAGAACACUAUUCAGUUCCUUUAAAAUGUGACGAUUUAAGAAUUAUUUGAUAAUCAUUAUUUUUUAUGACGAGCUUAUUAUUUAAAUAAUUAUUUUAAGACAUAACGAAGAACACAAACUAGUGUAGAUGGCUUAGCCGCAUAAUUAGUUAUUAAGGUAUUGUUUUCCGAUAAAUUUACGUACAAAUAAUUGUUAGUAUUGUAUUUAAUAUUGCUACAAUAAAUUGCUGUUACAUUGAA